AUGGUGAGCACGCAAUUCGCCAAUCCAAGGAGCAUUGGGCUGGUUCUCCUCCUUGCUGUAGUGAUGGUGGCAACCUUUGCAUUCUAUGCAUUCUUUGCAAGAGAAGUGACUCACUGGAUAGAAGGCGAGCACCAUUGGUUUCACGACUACGAACCAUGGUCUCUCGUCGGAUUUGUAAUCACAUUCCUUUUCGCCACCGCAAUGUUUCUUCCUGCUCAGCCGUUUGUGGUCGCCACGGGUUAUUUGUUUGGGUUUCACUUCUUAACUGUCAUCUUCUUGUUCAGCAUCUACACUCUUGCGGCGUUCUUGAUGUUCAAUGGCGCUAGAUAUUGGUUUCGUCCUGCUGUAGAACAAUGGCUCCGAGAGCACAGGCUUGUGGAAGGAAUGGCCCAGUACGUGAAGGAUCCAAAGGAGGGAGCGAAAGUGAAUCUCUUGUUCUCCUUCACCCCUCUUGCGUUCUGUCUUCACUGCUACGCUAUGGGGAUCACCGAGAUCAAUGAGCACGUUUUUCUUGUUACAUUUUUGAUCGGACAAUCCCCUCACAUAUUCUUUGGAGUUUUGACUGGCUCAGCUCUAUUGGCGGCAGAGACCAACAGCCUUGCUCUUGACUGGUUCAAGAUCGCUAUGCUGUCAGCGGGCAUUUUGGGUACGUUCGUCGCCGUCAUCUACCUGGGCACCAUUGCGCAGGAGGUCUUGGAGCAGAUGGACGAAGGGAUCAGCAAUGAUCGCCUGCUGGUUGGGCCCAAGCAGACCAGUCGCUUGUGCGGUGUCGGUCUGACGUUUGAGGAGAGCGAGGACCGAUCGCUGGUGGUGAGAGCCAUCGCUCCUGGCAGCCCCGCGUACCACAACGGCGUCAUACGCCUUGGCGACAUCCUACAUGAGGUAGACGGGCGAGCCGUUCACCGGGCCGACAUCAAGAUCAUUUUGCACUUGAUUCCCGGCAACGAAGGAAGCAAAGUGGAGCUAGGCCUCAAGCGUAUGCUCGUGUCGAUUAUCCUCUGCGGUGCUGACUGCAACUCAGGAGGGACCUCGCAAAGUGAUCCCUUGUAUCGAAUUACCCUCGAGCGUGAGAACGCCGUCUGGGACCAAGACUAUGCUAUGUCCCCAGCUAUUACGCCGGAUGAAAUCAGAGCCGCGAAGCCAUGGCAAGAGGUCACUCCAAAUCAGAGCCCCAAACACCGGGCCGAGGAGCUGGCAUUGCAAGCGAGGCAGGAGGUUGUUCUGGUACACUCGUCAACCAUCUGA